UUACCACACCGGACGUGACGUAGUCAACGUGCGGCGAGAGCGUUCUAUUGUUGGCGCGUAGCGUGUUUCUCCCGGCUACAGCUCCCAGACGUAGUGACCCGGUACCGCGGUGUAAUUUUGCCAAGCUGGAGAUGAGCGGAGGCGUGUACGGAGGAGAUGAGGUGGGGGCCUUGGUCUUUGAUAUUGGCUCCUUUUCGGUACGUGCCGGCUAUGCAGGGGAGGACUGUCCCAAGGUAGAUUUUCCUACAACAAUAGGUGUGGUACUUGACAGGGAAGAUGGAAGCACACCUAUGGAGACGGAUGGCGAUCAAAACAAAGCAAGAGGUCCAACAUACUACAUAGAUACCAACUCACUCAGGGUACCACGGGAAAACAUGGAGGCCUUCUCCCCGCUCAAAAACGGAAUGAUUGAAGAUUGGGACAGCUUUCAAGCCAUCUUAGACCAUACCUACAAAAUGCACAUUAAGUCAGAGGCUAGUUUGCAUCCGGUUCUAAUGUCCGAGGCGGCUUGGAAUACAAGGGCAAAGCGAGAGAAAUUGACAGAACUGAUGUUUGAGCACUAUAAUAUUCCAGCGUUUUUCCUCUGCAAAACUGCAGUUCUCACAGCAUUUGCUAAUGGUCGAUCUACGGGUUUGAUUUUGGAUAGUGGUUCCACACACACUACAGCCAUUCCAGUACAUGAUGGAUAUGUACUUCAACAAGGGAUUGUAAAAUCUCCUCUGGCCGGAGAUUUCAUUACAAUGCAGUGUAGAGAAUUGUUUCAAGAGAUGAAUGUGGACUUGAUCCCUCCAUACAUGAUUGCUUCAAAGGAAGCAGUACGGGAGGGAGCUCCAGCCAAUUGGAAAAGAAAAGAGAAGCUACCUCAGGUCACUCGAUCUUGGCACAAUUACAUGUGCAGUUCUGUAAUACAGGAUUUUCAAGCAUCUGUUCUCCAGGUUUCAGAUUCCACCUAUGACGAGCAGGUGGCAGCCCAGAUGCCUACGGUCCACUACGAGUUUCCAAACGGUUAUAACUGUGAUUUUGGAGCUGAACGUCUUAAAAUUCCAGAAGGAUUGUUUGAUCCUUCAAAUGUUAAGGGUUUAUCUGGUAAUACUAUGCUUGGUGUCAGUCAUGUCGUGACUACAAGUGUUGGAAUGUGUGACAUUGAUAUCAGGCCGGGAUUGUAUGGCAGCGUAAUUGUUGCUGGAGGUAAUACUUUGUUACAAGGCUUUACAGACAGGCUGACACGAGAACUCUCGCAGAAGACUCCACCGAGCAUGAGGUUAAAGUUGAUUGCAAAUAACACAACAGUAGAGCGAAGGUUUAGUUCUUGGAUUGGUGGUUCUAUCCUUGCCUCUCUGGGUACAUUCCAACAGAUGUGGAUUUCUAAACAGGAAUAUGAAGAAGGAGGGAAACAGUGCGUGGAAAGAAAAUGUCCUUAGUUUAUCAGGCUACUUCUGUCAUGUGCCCUUUUCUGAAAUAGCUUUAGUGCACUCAGGAAACCUAUGGACUUAUUUUGUAGUUGACAGCCUGCGAUAGAUGUUUGACUCCUCAAUAGAAAUCUGGGUAGCAAGCAUUUGCGUUCAACUCUUUCCAAGCAAUAACCUCCUCCUAUUUUAUCAUUUUUCCCGUGAAGCUUCCCCUUCACUCAGACUUUAUUGUAAAUGCAGUUUCUGGCAUUGAGAUAUUCAGGACAAGCAUCAGGAUCAACAUUUGAGAUUUAUAAGAAACUGCUAACUGCCUUUUUUUUUUUUUUUUUGUGUGAAAUAUUUAAGAAAAUCCUACUGCGGUUUUUAUAUUUAGCAAGUUUUGUUGAACAAACUAAUGAAUGGUUUCAUUAUUAAAGUUACUGCCUAAAUACAUACAACUUCUCUCUGUGUUUUGGGGUUCUUUUAAUAUUCCAAUACUAACCAAAAUGGCCACUUCUCAACCAAGAGAAACGUUCAGCUGCUUAGUGACUAGAGAUAUGAAAAACUGAAGGGUUCGUAUAUCUCUUUGAAAUGAGUCCUUAUUUCUGUAAAUUAUCCAUGGUCUUAACUGUGCAGCCUCUUCAAUUGGACACUGUCUGACUAAAGGGUGGCACAGGCUCCAUUCAUUUCUAUGGGAGUGCCCAAGAUACCAGAGUACAGCACUUGGACAUCACCGGCACUCCCAUAAAAUACAUUGGAGUGUGUGCCAUCUGCAGCAUACUGGGAGCCCCCCACAAGAUCUGCCAUGUUUGUGAUGCUCUGACAAUCGUCUAGCUGUCAUAAUAUGGCUGUUAUCACGGUUUGGAUAAAUAAAAAAGUACUAAGAGUGAAUUAUAUUUCUAGAUCCUAUUUUGUUAUGCUUUUGUAGUAAGCAUUAUUGGUCUAUUCUGUGCUGACCUGUUGGAGAAGCCUCUAAUAAUAUAAAAGGGUUUCCAGCUGUCUUGUGGAGGUUUGUACGGGUCUGUUACUAGAUCCAUUAAACUGCUCAUUUAUUGGGUUUGUGUCCCUAUCUUUGAUUCCCCGUAAGGCUGGAAUUCUACUUAGCAGUUUUUGAGCCGAAUUCAAAAGUGUAUUUAAAAGGAAUGGGAAAUAUAAAAGAAGGGCUUAUGCUUCUCCCUCCUCAUGGCUCCACUUUUGGUGUUGACUCAAACUGCAGUGGCAGUUCUCCAAAAAACUGUUAAGUGAAAAUCCAUUUUAAGGGCGCAUUCACACAGGAGGAUCCACCGAGCAGCAAACCGCCGCUACGAGCAGACACACUGCGAUGUGCAAGUUGCCCCGUGCAUGCGCAGUAUACUUGUUGCACACGUCGCGGCUGCUCUCGCCUAGUUCAAGUAGCAGGGGGAGCGGCCGCGAUGGAUCCGCCCGUGUAAAU